UUUAAUAGUCGGACACAAAAUGAAGGUCACCCAAAAUGGUUCGUUCUGGGUGUUGGACAAGUCAUAAAGGGCUUAGAUAUUGCUAUGAUGAAUAUGUGCCCUGGAGAGAAACGGAAGGUGACCAUUCCUCCAUCAUUAGCAUAUGGACAGCAAGGAUACUUAUAGCACAGGGCAAGAUUCCACCGAAUGCAACACUGAUCUUUGAGAUUGAACUUUACGCAGUAAAUAAGGGACCACGCAGUGUUGAAGCAUUUAAUCAAAUAGACAAGGACAAAGACAAGAAACUUUCUCAACUUGAGAUAAGCGAGUAUUUGAAGGAAGAAUUUGCAAGAGAUGGCAAAAAGCGUCAUCCCUCAGUCCACGAUGAAAUCUUAACUGAUAUAUUCAAGAAGAAUGACCAUGAUGGAGAUGGUUUCAUAUCAGCAAAAGAGUACAAUGUCUAUCAGCAUGAUGAACUCUAAGUGCUUACAAAAUCUGUUUUUUGGACAUUCAAUUUAAAAAAUUUGCUAAAUAAUUCUUUGUCACAGAUUUUUUUAC